GGGGACAUACAGUAUCCCUCUAAUAUCGCACCGGUAGCCUAUCAAACCUAUAGUAUUGCACUUUCAUCUACGUACUCGUACUGCUCCACCACACGAGUGCGCAUUCAACCAGACCAAACCAAACUGAUUUGUUUCCUUUCUUUUUUUUUCUUUUUUCCAUCGUGCCCUCUUUCCCGCGUCUUUAAGAGAAGGGAAGAAAAACAUUCUUUCCCGUUCUAUUCCUCCUGAGUGACUGAGUGCUUCUGAUCUUCUAUUCCACUGAACGGAGUUGAGCACGCGGCACUUUUUUUCUUUCAGGUUUGUUUCUACAAUUGACGGGGGUAUCGUGGUAAUCGCUGAAUACGUCCGAACAGUGCCUUUGGAAGCAACAACAACAGCAACGACAAGAAAGGGAAGAAGAAGAGGAAUAGAGCUGGACCAUGGCUGCGACUACUCGAGGAACGGAAGAGGAUGUUUGUUUCCCCACCCCUUUUUGCUUACUGUUUGUCUCCGGUGGAAUAGACCGUGCUAACGAAACGAUAUUCUAGGGUGCGUCCCCAAAAGAACUCCUACUCGAAUCCGCCCGGCGAAACAAUACCGACCUCCUCGAGGAAGUCAUUUCGGAGUACUCUUCCAAUCUCGCUGAUCUGCUGAACAGCACCCGAGACGGGGUUGGUAAUACUGUUAUUCAUCUUGCGGCGAAGCAUGGCUCCCGUACGCCCCCCUCCCUCAGUCGUGCUCCUGCUGUAGACUGACAGUCUGUUUGUGGGUGUGUGGGUGAGUAGUGGAAGUACUAGACAUGCUCCUCGACCAAGAAGACCUGGAAGUCGACCCGCUGGACAGAAUGGAGAAGGAAACUCCCCUUCAUAAAGCCGUUUUCUACGCAAAGGAUGAGAAGGAACAUGGAUUGGAGGUGGUGGAGAUGUUGAUUGAUGCUGGGGCUGAUCCCAGGUUUUUAUCCUCUCCUCUUCCUCUCCUCGGGCUGUGCAUUGUUUGGCGGGAGCUAAUGGGGGGAUAUAAUAGAAUACGGAAUAAAGCCAAACAGAGGCCUAUAGACAUUGUCGAUCCAAGAGAUACCGAGCUACGCGUUGCGCUGCAAAAGGCGGAGUUCGCCGUGACGGCUGGGGGUGAUGUUGUGCCGGAGUCGGACGACGAGGAGGGUGAUGGAGGAAGUGCCUCUGAUUCGGAAUGAGUUGUUAUGGGGAAUUGUGAGACUUGAACACUUAGAUCUUAGGGAGUGCCCUUUCCUAUCUUGCUGAGCAGGCGGGGUGGGAAUGAACGGGGGUGAAGUACAUGAUAUAUGGAUAUAUGAAAUGCGAGUUGUUUGGUGUUUUGUGGGUAUGUUUAGGAUGCCCCGAAGGCUUCCCUGACAGGGUGAGGUCUCCCGAAGGAGAGAAGGAGGGGCUAGAGACCGGGUAGUUGGCCGUGGAGUAUCGCCAUGGAUCCCGUUUGCUUGGUGGGAUAAGGGUGGUUUAGAACUGAAUUUAUGACACCUUGAUAAUAU